AUGGCUACUGCUGCUGCAGGCAUAGCCUCCUUGUUUUCGUCUUCCAUCAACACUGUCAAAUCUCCUCGUUCCAAAACCUUGUCAAUAGAAGCAUCCUCAAACCGCAUCUUUGCGUCUGUUACAUCACAAUACUCAGUUGAACCUUUGUGCAUUGGUACAACAAUCUCAUCACACAAGUUAUGGAUGCCUAGAAUUUCUGUUGCUGUUGCUCAGGAAGAGGCUGCUGUGGCCGUUGAUGAUGAAGAGAAGGCUGUGGUAGAGGAGGAACAAAAAGAACAAGAGCAAGAACAAGAAGUAGAGAAGGAGAAUGGAGGGGAAACUGAUGCAGUAGUAGACACUAGGACUAAGCUUUAUUUUGGGAAUUUGCCUUAUAGUGUUGAUAGUGCACAACUUGCAGGCUUAAUUGAGGAUUAUGGUAGCGCAGAACUAAUUGAGGUUCUUUACGACAGGGACACUGGAAAAAGUAGAGGCUUUGCAUUUGUGACCAUGAGUUGCGUUGAAGACUGUAAUGCAGUGAUUAAAAAUCUUGAUGAAAAAGAGUUCAUGGGGCGAACCUUGCGGGUGAAUUUCUCAGACAAACCGAAGGCAAAAGAACCGUUGUACCCUGAAACUGACUACAAGCUUUUCGUUGGGAACUUGUCUUGGACAGUAACUUCUGAGAGUCUGGCAGAAGCCUUUCAACAACAUGGAACCGUGGUUGGAGCUAGGGUGUUAUAUGAUGGCGAAACCGGAAAGUCUCGUGGCUAUGGCUUUGUUUGCUAUGCCAAUAAAUCAGAAAUGGAAGCUGCUCUUACAGCCAUGAAUGAAGUGGAUCUUGAAGGACGGACAUUGCGCGUAAGUUUGGCGCAAGGAAGACGAUCGUAA